GACGCUAUCCCGUUGGAGGCUGUGGAUCGGAGCCGUUGCCAUCGGAAUUUCGCGCGGAGGGCGACGGGUCUGCUUUCAGCCACUUGCCGGAGGAGGAGGAGGAGAUCUUUCCGGAUCCAAAAACGCUGAGACGUCCGGUCGCAUCGCACCGUCCCAGCCUGCACCAGACACCCACCACCACCCACACGGCCACACCCCGUGACCCUGACCCCCAACGACGGCACUAGUACUUGAGCUUCGCUUCCCAGUUCGCGGCUGACACCUCGUUCACACCCCACACGAGCUGAAGCCAGCAGAAGGCAUGGCCGCCUCACGCUCGCAGGAGUCGCAGCAUCCGUGCCGUGCCGACUCCUAGCGAUCCACCAGAAGGGAAUCAUCCCCCAGCCCCGCGGCUGACUGACUCGCCCCGCGCCGACGCCGACGCCGACGCCGACGCGACGCCUCCGGAUCCCGAUCUGCGCUGCCGCUGCCCGCGCACGCCUGGGUGGGGUGGGUGAGGUCUGAAGAGUUUGGUGUCCAAAGCCACACCUUCUUCGCAAGGAAUUGCGUUAAAAAAGUCCAAUUUUAUUUCAUAAAAUUGAGGAGAUGGAAGGGGAGGGCGAGCAGGAUGGGUGCCCGUGCGGGGCGGUGGCGGCGGACCAGUUCGACCGGCUCCCGGACGCGGUGCUGAUGGACGUCUUCAACCGCAUCGGCAACGUCAAGGCGCUCGGCCGCUGCGCCCUCGUCUCGCGCCGCUUCCACGCGCUUGUCCCGCUCGUCGACUCCGUCUUCGUCCGCGUCGACUGCGUCAUCCCCGACGACCUGCCGCAGCCCCCUGGCUCGGCCGGCUCCCAGCAGCAGCAGGCAGCGGUGCCCCCCGCGCGGGGGCACGGCGCGCUCGCUCAAUUGGCGCGCCUCGUGCUCGGCGGCAUCGCCAGGCCCAUCCAGGCGCUCGUGCAGAUCCUCUCCCCAGCCGCGGCGGCCGUCUCCCGGCGCUCCGCGCCACAGCCCGCUUCCCCGCCUGCGCCCGCCUCGGACGUCUCCCACCACUCGCCCUCCGAGGUCCUCCGCCCCUUCAAGGAGCUACGUCGCCUCCACAUCGAGCUGCCCACCGGCGAGCUCGGCAUCGACGACGGCGUUCUCCUCAAGUGGAAAGCCGACUUCGGGUCCACCCUAGGCAGCUGCGUCAUCCUGGGCGCGUUGUCGGUCUCGUCGAAGCCGCCGUCACCGUCGACUUCGCCUGAAACUGCCGCGGAUAGCUCGGCUAACUCUGCCGAUUCCAAUAGGGAGCCUGAAGAAUCUGGGAGCCUCCCUGAGUCGCUCUUUACAAAUGGAGGGCUAAAGCUUCGCGUUGUCUGGACAAUCAGCUCCCUGAUUGCUGCGUCGGCAAGGCAUUACUUGCUGCAAUCGAUCAUCGCUGAUCACGCAAUGCUCGGAAGCCUGAACCUGACGGACUCUGACGGGCAGGGGGUGCUCACCAUGGACAAGAGGCAGCUGCAGGAGCUGCGGGUGCGACCCAUCUCGGCGUCAGCGAGCUCGCACCGAACACUCAUGCCAGCACUCAGUAUGCGACUGUAUUAUGCGCCGCACGUUGAGCUUCCCGGGGGAACGCUCCUAAAGGGUGCGACGCUGGUGGCGAUCAGACCAAGCGAGGACUCGUUGAGGGAGGGUGGAGGGGCUGGAGCUGCUGGCCCGGCGGGUACCUGCUGGAUCUCAGACGCAUUUGAGGAGCCAUAUCGAACUGCGGCGAAGGUGCUUCUCAAGAGAAGGGCGUAUUGCCUUGAAAUGAACUCGUUCUGAGCACCAGGGAGUCAGAUUCAGAGAGUUCUACCCAUUUGGGAGGUGGUGAAUCUAGCACACAUCAGUUAUGGUUGAGUCAUGCUUGUAAUUUCUUGAUACCCCAUACUCCAACUAGCACCAAAUGUGGCGCAGUGGCACCAAGAUUUCUCUAAUGAAAAAGCACGAACUGAUGAUUAAUUUUCCUAUUUCGUUUUGGAGAUUUGAGGCCAGCUUUCCAUUUAAUUCCUUGGUAAAUUAUUCAUAUUCCCUGAAUCUGUCUGGUUGAUCAGUCACGGUGUAGUAAUUUUUUUAUUAGUUUAGAUACAAGCAGCAAGGAGCAUGAUUUGGGCUGAUUGAAGUUAUAAAUUACGCAAAUAGUCUAUGCAUAGGACAAGUAUUGUGCAUAUUCAGCAUUCAGGUUAGACCAGUAACCGAAAGAAUUUAGUAUUUUUGGUUUAGCUUACAGGUUAGUUGAAUAGCUUCUGGCUGGAAUAUAUGUUGAACUGGCUCUAAAUUAGUUUACGCCUGAGCUUUUCUAUUGCCAUGAUUAAUGAACCAAACAUGCACAACUAUGAGCUUGUUGUUUGUAUCGGAGGAUUGUCUAACAGUGUAAGUGGCAUCCAACUGUUUUGAUGUGUCAGUUUAAGUUCCUUUCUUUUCCUGUUAGCAUGUGUAAAACGUGCUAUGAUCUCAGGGAUACAGGAAGUUAAGUUGGUUAUGAUGUGGUUCCUGAGUGAUUAGGGAGGUGGUUAGUGGCAAUUAAGGUGAAGAAGAUAUUUUGGGAAGGGAUUCUGAAUUUAUGGGAGAGAAAUAAUGUCUGCUUAGCUAUGUGAAAGACUUUUUUGCCAUUAGUUUUGCGAAAGACUGUUGCGUAUACUUAGAAUGCUCUAGUUCCAUGUGCCACCCGGGCAACAUGACCUGAUCGAGUUUGAACUAACUACCGUUUGGGAAUUGACUAAAAAUGCCAUAUUGUAAUCAUGCCAUCAUACGUUACUAUCCUAUUUGUUAUCAGCGUGCCAAUUGGUUGUCCCUAAUACAGUUGAUACCACUGCUUUCUCCCUGCAUUUGAUGCGUAGUAUGUCCUUUAUGAGACAAACAACAAGCAAUUCUUGUUACAGAGAACAUAGCAUUUUUUUGUGCGCUCUAUUGAAAAUCUGUCUGAUGCAAUUUUUUGGGGAUUAAGGUUGCUGAGUGUUUCACU